GCUCUCUUCUUUCCUACCCUCCUCUCCCUCCUUUUCGCUCCCUCCUCUGGAUUUUUUGGCUGGCUGAGGCAGGGAGCAGCUCCAGAAAGAGAUCCCGUCCCCCCGACACCAGCGCCAGACUUGAGGAGUCUCCCUAAUGCUCCCUUUGAGAUGACGACGGGGGAUGAGCGAUUCCUGGCUGAGGCCAGGCACCUGGAUCUGUCUCCACUGGACUCUUGUCACCACAAGGUUAUUGCCCAGAUCCACUCCUCCUGUACGGACCUGACGGAAGAGGAACUGGCCAAGCUGGGGGUGUCCCUGUUUAACUGCCAAGCGAGCGUGGAAGGGCGCAGGACCUAUCCCUGCACUGCAGACAUGCCCCUCGCGGAAUGCACCGCCGACAUGGACCCCGACACCUGGAACGCCUACCACAUCGUCAGCAACCGGGCCCGCGCCGUCUGCUACUCCACCCGCCAGAUGCAGUUCAAGCGCCGGACGGAGCACACGGUCAACACCCUGGUCUCCGCCGCCGUGAGUCAGCUGGAGGCCAUGAGGCUUCUGAAG